AUGUUCAAUAUACUCUUGUCCAUGGCCAAAGAUGGCUCAUCUGAUGUGCCAACGUUUGUCACACCUGGAAGAUCAAGUCGAGAUAAUAUGAUUAAUACCGUUUAUAAAUUGCACCGUACUAGAGGUAGGAUUUUGGAGCCAUAUAGACGAUUGAAAAAUGGAUUGAAAAAGUUACAAGAUGACUAUCUGAAGGGUAAAGAUGAUAACCCUAUACUACGUUAUAUGAAAUUGCAACAGAGCGUUCGAGAAGUUGUCAUGUUGGAAAAACAGUAUUGGAAACUUCUUGACAUUCCCUUACAAGACGGAGGAGAAGAAUCUAAUGAAUAUGUUGUCAAAGUAAUUCAGUUACUAGAAGAUUCUAAUUCUGCUGCUGUGCCAGCAACUGGGAUAGGAGCUCUGUUAAGUUCAACAAUGAUGGGUCGAGUAACGGAAACAAAGCUUGAUCAGUCUCUAUACGAUUCUAUAAAAGCUCGAAAAACAGAUGAGCUCACCAAGGACUGCGAAAUGAUGUAUUCAUCUUUAUAUAAGCUCAUAAAAAAAUAUUUGGGAUUAAGACGUAUAGUUAAGGAACUAAGCAAUCGUUAUGAUACGACAAGGAUUUACCCCAUCGUUCCCCGUUAUGCAAUGUUGAAGAAAAUGAUCAAAUCCGCCUUACGCUCAUCGGAAUUUGCUGAUAUUUGUCACGAGCAAACGGAGUAA